AUGGAUAAAUUCGUUUUAAAGGUGACGCCAACCACUCCUGAAGCAAAUGAGAAUGACUGGAAGGAGUACGAAUUGGCCAAUAUCCCUCUGGAUGAGCUGUUGCAGUAUUGCAGCCCUGCUCCGUUUGGAGACCUGAGGAAAAUGAAAACAGUCCUUGAUCCUGACGUUCGUGCAGAGAUUCCAACCCCAUGUGAUGGAAAAUAGGGAGUAAUUAUUAGCGCCGAAGGCGCGAGCUUCUAGGGGGAUCCGGGGCCAUGCUCCCCCGGGAAAUUUUGCAAAUUUAGGUUCUCUCAAGUUCCAUUUCCUGAAUUUUGACAUCAUUCCGGCCUGAGUUAUAACAUACCAUAAUGCUUUUCACGAAGAAAGUAAGUAUAAUAUGAGUGUUUCACAGUGACAGAUCGCCAAAAAUUCUAAAGAUUAGCAAUUUUUUCCUAGUUUUCAGAAUUUUAUAAUAAAUCGGGAGAAUUUGGUAAAACUCGGGAGAGCAGGCGGCAAGACAUCAAAUCGGGAGACUCCCGAUCAAAUCGGGAGGGUUGGAAUCUCUGUUCGUGUAGCUUACGAACUUGAGUCAAACAGGUUCACAAUUGAAAGGGAGCAUACAUACAUGUCGCAAUCGCGGAUGGUUAAUGAUAUUCCCGGAAGGACAUGGAUUGCAAGACGUAUCGAGGGUUCAUUCACGCCCGGAAGAAGUGUGAAACUCGAGCGAUACAAGCUGAACGUUUACAGUGGAGGAGGAUUUUUCAAAUCACACGUCGAUAGCCCUUCUGAUGACGAGAUGAUAGGCACGCUUGUCCUUUGCCUUCCUUCGCCCCACAAGGGAGGGGAACUGUGCGUUAGCCACGAUGGUUUAGAGCACGUAUUUGACUUCUCGAAUCAUUCUGGGGACAAAAGCAAGAUUCAGUGGGCAGCAUUUUACAGUGACUGCAUUCACGAAGUCAAACCAGUUCUCCAAGGUCAUAGAGUCACAAUAACCUACAACAUCACUUUACCAAGCUCUGUGUAUCAUAAGAAACGUCAUUUCCAGCAUUUGAGGUCAAAAGAUGAUCCUGAUUCUUUAGAUGAACAUUUUGAAGUAAGCGCAGAAAAUCCUUCAAUAACUACCAAGGCCCUUGCCAACGUUAACAGCGAGUUGGAAAAGAUUCGUCAACAGGGAAGAAAUUCAGCAGCUCGGAUUGGAAUUCUUUUAAAGCACAAAUACAUCUCAAAGGGGCUUCAACCACCUUUACUCAAGGGUGAAGAUAAGGUGUUGUACGAUUUCCUUAUGGAGAAGCAGUGGAAAUGCCAGCUUAUUAGCGUGCUUUCAAGAUAUCAAACUAGAGCAAUCCAUCCUUACGGUCUGUUUGAGGAUGGAGAGCUCGACGAAAGUCACGAAAUCUAUGAGUUCAAUCCCUUGCCUCCAAGUAACCCUCGAAAUCUGAGAUGGACGCCGCGGAGCACGCGCCAAGAAUUUCGUCAGUGGCGUGUCGGUAUCCCCUUUAUUGAGAUUUACAGAAGAGCAGAGAAUGGCGCCGAGCAACUGGUGCGGAAUAACGAAGGACAAGGAAGUUGGAUUGGCAACGAAGUUGAAGAUGUAGGUGUGGAUAAGAUUUAUUUGGAUUCAGCAGUAAUAGUGCACCUCCGUUAAAAAGCCAUAUUAGAACCCGGGGAUACCGAUAUCUGCCGCUUAAGUUAUAAGCUCCCUCCCCCUCCCCCCACUAAUAAGCACCUCCCAGGUAUAGGCUCAUCUCCCUGUAGACAAAAAAAUACAUCCCAAGCUAUUCUGGUUGCAAAACCCCUCGGAUAAAAGCUUUUCCUGUUAUAAGCACUCCUAAAACCCCUCAAAAAAAGGGCUUCAGUAUAAGCAGCAGUUUGCGGUAUGUCCAAAGAAUCAGUUUUUCCGAGUUGAAACCCAAAGCCUAAAAUAGAACAUGAACAAAGCAGAACAAUUAUGUACAGCUAUUUAGAAUUGCAUAAGUUAAUGUAGCUUGCAUUCUUAUUGGUUAACGAGGCGAGAUACGUAUAUAUUUAGCAUGGAACUGGAUCUUGUAACCUAGGCUUGAAAGUGAUAUUGACUCUUCUUCAUCAGAUAAGGGAUCUUGUUUGUUUACUCUACAUGUAAAAGGAGAGUUACAUGAAGUUUGAAUUCUUUUUUUUUCCAAGAGAUAAAUAAACAAAGCAUUUACACAGUGCAUAGCUUAAUAGAAGCAAGUCUAUUUGAUUCAAAUAGUCUGGUUUUAGCAGGUGAAGAAGUCUGGGACUGUACCGAACACUAGAAAGGGAACAAUUGGCAUUAAGAGAAUUAGCUUGCGUAGCAGGCGCUUGAAAGUGGUGGACGAAAGGGAGAACGGGCGUGCGCGAGGGAGACCCGCGGGGGGUGAGGGAGAAGGCAACAAAACUGAUCAAAAUAAAAAGAGCACCUAGAGUAUUUUUGUAAUUGUUCCAUAAAGAAAAGACUUUUGUCAAGGCACAUUUUUAAGGAAAAGGCUUCACUUCCGGUGGACAUGCGCGCGUACGCCUCGCUCAAAAAUUAUUAAAAACGCCUUUACUCAAGUUCCCUAUUUCUCAAUAUUCACUUUCUUGUCAGUGUGUUCCAGUCUACUCUCCUACUUAUUUACUCCUUCUUCGGUUCGAAAACCUGUUUACACUGGGACGAAGGGUAGCAGAAAGCUAUCCGAUAAGGGACGAUCUACGAUCAACAUCGGCGCGGCGCAGCUUAGCUCCGUUACAGAAAUCACGCCGAAAUCACCGUCUUUCGUGUGAACAGAAGUCCUGUCCGGUAUGUAUUUCGUGUCAGCUGAAGAGCUAUCCAGUGAUGUAUAGUGUAAACAUAGUCUAAGUCAAGAGAGGAUAGAGCUUAGCCUUCAUCUUCUGUUGCAUUAGCUCGAUUACAUACUAAUCUAUCCCUCUUGAGUAGUUAGUUACAUCACGGGUUCAUGUUCUUCUUAUCAAGCUUUCCUUAUCUCCUCUUGUAAUCUUAUCCUUUUUAGUGUGGUGAGGAUUGCUUGUUUCACAUGGAACACUUUUGUUUUACAAGCUUCUCUUCGUUAAAACUUGACAUUAAUGGCCCCCAAAAUUAUUAAUACAAUUCAUCAAGUACUCAUGUUUCUUGACUGCCGGGGCCAGGUUUGAAAAAAUAAAUCAAUAAACACAGGAAGCUUAUUUGAAAUUUUGUAUUUUUAAAGGCGUACCACAUUCAACAUCAGCCCGUGCUCCAGGUACCGCCCUUUGAUUACAUCAGGUUACAGGUUUACGGGUUACACUUUUUGAAGCUCGAUCGAGAAUUUUUCUGCCUAUCUCCAAGUCUAUCCCCGUCGCUGUACAAAAGGAUCGCGGCCUCUGGGGACGAGAUUGCCGCCUCGCCAUCCUAGUGUCUUCGCUCGGAUGGCUUGUUGGCAAAAACGCAUUUCUGCCAAUGGACUUUGUACUCUUAAAAUAGCUUUUUUGAAACCAAAACAUUUUCGGGUGUUUUGAAAAACGCACGCAGGUUCAACCUGUUUCUGGAAAUAAGUGUUUGAAAAACAAAAUAAUUUACAUCCAUUUUCCGAGAAAAGGAGGAAGUGCCUAAAGGCAGAGAGGCACUUGAUCCUGUUAGCCAAUCAGGUAUUGGGCUUUCACUUCGUAUUCCUAGAAAAAAGUAUAACUGAGAAAGCAAGUGGAAAAUCAGACACACACCCCAUAAACUGAAAAAUGGCUGAAGCUUUUUCUAAGCGGCAGGAAAAACCAACCCACCGAACACCCUCUCAUUACAACCAAGCAGUAGGAAGAUCGAUACGAAAUCCUCCUGUAGGUUAUGUCGUUAACAGUCAUCACAUCAAAUGGGGAUACCGUUUCGAGGAAGACGUCAAGAAAUAUAACCCGCUUCUAGGCAGUCUUGAGCAGGUUUUCUCUAAGCCCUUGUUUUGUUGUGGAGGAAGUUUACAGCCACCAGAUUUUGAUAAACUUACUUUAAAAGUAAGGCCAACAAAAGACAAGGAGCACUGGCUUGAAUACAAGCUGACGGAUCUUGCUGUGGACGAGUUGUUAAAAUAUUGCAGUCCUGCACCGUUUGGAGACUUAAGGGAAAUGAAAACAGUGCUUGAUUCCGAAGUUCGUCUGGCUUACGAAAUUGAAACCGAAAGAUUCAAGAUUGAUUCGACGGCGAGAAGGCUUGAAGUUGUUCCAGGGGGAAUAUGUAUUGAAAGACGCAUUGAGGACACCCUGACUCCGGGAAGAUAUGUGAAACUUGAUCCGUACAAAGUCAAUGUUUACAACGAAGGGGGCUUUUUUAAGCCCCACGCCGACAGUCCUUCUGGUGAUGAAAUGAUAGGCACGCUUGUCCUUUGCCUUCCAUCACCCCACAAGGGAGGGGAACUGUGCGUUAGUCACGAUGGUUUAGAGCACGUAUUUGACUUCUCACAGCGUUCUGGAGAAGCUAACAGAGUUCAGUGGGCCGCGUUUUACAGCAACUGCAUUCACGAGGUUAAACCUGUCCUCGAAGGACACAGAGUUACCGUUACCUACAACAUAACUCUACCAAAUGAUCGUCACAAGCGACGUGGAGCCGAGUUUAUUCUGGGAUAUUCUGUACCUGUAAAAGAACAUUUUGAAGUAAGCACAGAGAGUCCCUCCAUGAUUGCCAAAAAUCUUACCAACGUACACGAUGAACUGCAUAAGAUUCGCCAACAGGUCAGUGGUUCACCUUCUCAUACUGGAAUUAUUUUAAAGCACAAAUACAUCUCCAAGGGGCUUCAACAACGUCUACUCAAAGGAGAAGACAAAGUGUUGUAUGACUUUUUAAUUGAGAAACAGUGGAAGUGCACGCUAAUGAGUGUGCUGUCACGAUACCAGACCGAGGCAGUGUAUCCCGACAUUGAAGAUGCAGAACUAGAGGAAACUCACGAAAUAUACGAAUUGAAUCAAUUGCCUUCCUCCCCUUUCGCCGUUACCAGUGAAGCCCCUCGUAACUACUGGCCAAUUGGAUUACGCAGAGACCAUCGAAAAUGGCGUGCGGGUAUCCCCUUCAUCGACAUUUACAGAAGAGACGAAAAUGGCACACUGGUUCGAAAUGACGAAGGGCACGGCCAAUGGCUGGCGAACGAUGUUGAAGCUGUUGGAGUAGACAAGAUUUAUUUGGAGUCAGCAGUUAUUGUGGAACUUUGUGAGAAACCGUAA